UCCAGGCAGCCCCGCGCCGCCGUUCCGCGCCUGCGCCGCCGAGGGCUGGGCUGUUGCUCCCUGACGGGUGGCUGCGGCGGGUCCUCGCCAUGGAAUCCUACGACGUGAUAGCGAACCAGCCCGUCGUGAUAGACAACGGUUCGGGUGUGAUUAAAGCAGGUUUUGCAGGCGACCAAAUACCGAAAUACUGCUUUCCAAACUAUGUGGGCAGACCAAAGCACGUUCGUGUUAUGGCUGGUGCUUUAGAAGGGGACAUUUUCAUUGGUCCAAAAGCAGAGGAGCACAGAGGUCUCCUCUCGAUCCGAUACCCUAUGGAGCAUGGCAUAGUGAAGGACUGGAACGACAUGGAGCGCAUUUGGCAGUAUGUGUAUUCAAAAGACCAGCUUCAGACAUUCUCAGAGGAGCAUCCUGUGCUGCUGACAGAAGCACCCCUAAACCCACGCAAGAACAGAGAGCGUGCUGCUGAGGUGUUUUUUGAGACCUUCAAUGUGCCAGCACUAUUCAUCUCCAUGCAAGCUGUGCUUAGCCUCUACGCCACUGGGAGGACUACAGGAGUGGUGCUGGACUCGGGGGAUGGCGUUACCCAUGCGGUUCCCAUCUAUGAAGGCUUUGCCAUGCCUCACUCCAUCAUGCGGAUUGACAUCGCUGGGCGCGAUGUCUCCCGCUUCCUGCGGCUCUACCUGCGGAAGGAGGGCUAUGACUUCCACACAACCUCUGAGUUUGAGAUUGUUAAGACCAUCAAGGAGCGUGCCUGCUACCUGUCAAUAAACCCCCAGAAGGAUGAGACUCUGGAGACUGAGAAGGCUCAGUACUACCUGCCAGAUGGAAGCACUAUUGAGAUCGGCGCUGCCCGUUUUCGGGCCCCGGAGCUCCUGUUCCGGCCAGACCUGAUAGGGGAGGAAUGUGAAGGACUCCAUGAGGUGCUUGUUUUUGCCAUCCAGAAAUCAGACAUGGACCUGAGGCGAACGCUGUUCUCCAACAUCGUGCUGUCUGGAGGCUCCACGCUCUUCAAAGGCUUUGGUGACAGGCUCUUGAGUGAAGUGAAGAAACUAGCUCCGAAGGACGUCAAAAUAAGGAUAUCAGCUCCUCAGGAGAGAUUGUAUUCCACGUGGAUUGGUGGCUCUAUCCUGGCCUCACUGGACACCUUUAAGAAAAUGUGGGUUUCAAAAAAGGAAUAUGAAGAAGACGGAGCUCGUGCCAUCCACCGAAAAACCUUCUAGCCCUGGGACCUGUCCUCAGUCUCCUCCGAAGACUCACUUCAGUUCUAAACUCGCUUUUCUGAGUCCGAGUGUCUGAGAGCUGCCUGUGUGUGUGUGUGUGCGCCAGCAUGCCCCGAUGUCACUGAGCAAAGACAACAGCAGCAGGAGGGUUGUAUUAGUACUACUAACUUCUUAUUUUUUUAUUUUUUGUUGGGUUUUGUUGUUUUGGUUUUGGGGUUUUUUUUUUUAUUAUUGGAAAGGGGAAAAACACCAAGCCACAUUUCUCCAGAAUGGCCCAUUCCUUUUUCACUUCAGUCCCUUAAUUUCGGUAUCGCAAUCACAUUUGUCACUGUAAAACAAACCAAGAAGCAAGCGAAAACAAAGGGAACAGCUUAUAGAAACUGCCUGGCAAGCCAGAAGGGAGCCAACCACUGCUUUAGUCAGCCCGACUGCAAUGCCUGGAUUGUCUGGAAACACAGCCAAGGCCCCAUAGCUACUUCCUUCUUCAGCAGCAGCUUCACCAUCAGUAGGUUUUCGAAGUUGGUUUUAAUAUAUAUAUUUCUUUUUUUUUAUUAAGAGAAAGCACAUUCUUGACAAUUAAGCCCAUUUGCCCCCACUGUUUUGGGUGUGUGAGUGCGUGUAUGCCUGUGUAACUUCUUAGCCUGAUGUGUGGGUCUGCACUGCAGCUGGAGAAGUUGGUGAUAGGACUUAGUUUGUAUUGCAUGGAGUAGAACAAAGCAAACCUAAUCAGCUGUCAUUGUACUAGACGGUUAUUCUCUCGUACCUUGUUUUAAAUACCUUUACUUCUCUGGAAGCAAGUGCCCCAGAAUGGGGGUGAAGGCACUUGUGUGUUCCCCCUCAACCUGCCAAGAUUCACAGUGCUGAGUUCUCGUGUUCUUUGUAAGAGUCAAGGCUGUUUCCCUCCUUCCUGCCACGUCAGGGCAAAGGGAGCAUGUAUUCACAGCCAGGCAUAACUCUUCUGUACUUCCUCCAUUCUGGGGCAAAAACAAUGAUUGGAAAGGUGCAUUGUAAUGUAAAAAUUGUUUUAUUUAUUGAAAUGUCUGAGGCUAUCUCAAAUAACUGACCACAGCACCUGGGAAUUACGCUUUGGGUCUUCUUUGAACACCUGAUGCCAGCUGUCCCUUGCUCGAUGUUAACGCUGUGUACAGCACCUGCGCUUAGCGGAGCAGCCAGCCCCGCGAUGCCACCCGGUAACCGCUGUUCUCUAUGAGUGCGCUGAAGGAGAGGACAAUAAACCCUACCAGGACGUUGGUGUGAGCAGCAGGUUUGUGAGCAGGAUGCUGGCGUGCUGGCUGUGUGCCUUUGCUCAGCUGGUGGCUGCUUUGCUUCUCCUGGUCUACAGCCGAGGGCAGGGCUACGGACCCGCUUGCGUUGGGGUGCGCCACUGCUUCCCCUUCAGGUUUGUCUUCUGCAUUAUUUGGUGCUCUUUUCUUUCUGUUGUUACUUUUCUGCAGUACGUGGCAGUAGCGGUGGAGCUGGAGUUGCUCGGUGGCAGUUCCUCCCUGUUCCCCUCCAUCCUGUUCAUUGCCAUGCAUCACCCUGGGGUCACUCGCUCUCGAGCGCAGAGCUGGGGUAGGAGCUGGAGAGCUGCUGCCUUGCCACAGCCCAGGUGAAUGCGAGCAGCAGCACAUUCCCCUGGGGGAACCACGGUCCCGGGGCCCACCACUGGGCUCCAGAAGCUGUAGGCAGGCAGCAGUGGUGGUCUCCUCCCAGCUGAGGCCAAGCUGCUUCUUCACUUACCCCUCAGAGCAGACUGUUUUAAGCAAGAACCCGUCAGGUAGAAAAGAACCAUCAAUGCUCAGCCUUCUGCUGGAACAUCAGUUCCUCUCACUGGUUUGCUGCAGCAUGUGGAGGAGAAGCAGCACCCCUCUCGGUUCAGUCAGCAUGUCCCAGGCAGUGCCAGUGACCUCCUGCUCCCUGCCCCGCUGCUGGCCUUGCAGAAGCAGCAGUGCUCCACUUUGUAACCUGCAGUGACCGGACAGAAAGGUGCCGUCUCUGAUACAGCGUUCGUUUGAUCUGCCUGACUGUUCCCUCGCACACUGUCCAAACCAUGUUGCCUGGUGGUGCCCAGCAUACUUAAAUAAAGUCAUUCAUAUACAACC